AGGAACAGAGAGUGUCUGCUUCAAAGCUCAUACCAUUGUACAGGAUGUUGCAGCACAAGCUUGCACAGAAAAAGGAAAUGCAACGCAGGAAUCAACUGUACAAUUAGGCUCACAUCUACAAGAAGGUCUGCACUCCAGAUGUGGAGGGUACGAGACUUUUAGAGCCUUGGCACUGGCUACACUGCUGGACCCAAGGUUUAAAAAUGUGGCUUUUGGAAAUCCUGCCAAAGCCCUGGAUGCUGAAAAGCACAUCACACUGGAGUGUGCUUCACUGAUGCGUUCAAACACAACUCCUGAACCACAAAUGUCAACAUCAGGCCCAUCAUCAACACCAGUUGAAACACAAGACAGUUUAUGGGAACAUUUUGACAAUCGUAUCCGUGAGACCCAGAUGAUACACAAUCCUACAGCUGAUGCCACAGUGGAAGUGAAAAAAUACCUCAGCGAUGUGUUUUUGCCCAGAACUCAUGAUCCUCUAACUUACUGGAAAGAGAGAGCAGUAAUCUUUCCUCAUUUGUAUGUCCUAGCUAAAAAAUAUCUUUGUAUGCCAGCAACAAGUGUCCCUUGUGAGAGAAUUUUUUCAAAGGCUGGAGAAAUUAUCUGUAAAAAAAGUAGGCUGAGUCCUUCAACAGCAGAGAAAUUAAUAUUUUUGAAUAAAAAUCUAUAAGAAAGGGAGACAUU